UGCUGUCAUUAUUCAGUAUUGUUUUUUUUUUGUUGAUUUGUUAAUUUGAGCUUAUUUGCAGAGUGCCGCGGCUGAAAAAAUGAAGGUAUCAAAGCCCUUGCCACAAAUUCAACAAUUGAUCCAUGACAUAAAAGUAAACAAAAUCAAUGGCUCAUUCAAUAUAACCACAAAAACAUUGGAACUAUUCAAAAGUAUCAUAAGAAAUGCCAAGUGGCAGCAUGCAGAGGAAUUAAUGCAUGUGAUACGAACGCAAGGCCAAAUACUUCAAGCUGCUUUACCUCAAGAAACUGUGACGGCCAACAUGACCCGAAGGCUUUUGAAAAUUAUUAGAGAAGAAUUUGAUUUAUUACAAGCAAAGGUCCAUCAUUUGGCUGAUGACUCUCAGGCAACCCUUUCGCUGCACAAAUUGGUCACACAAACAAGUGAGUGUGAUGUCCCCGUAGACUAUGGCAUGCCAUGUGCUGGUUUAAAGGAAGCCCUAAUCGAUCAUUUGGAAGAAAUUGAAACUGAAUUGGAGACUAGCUGUGAAAGUAUUUGUGCCCAAGCUGAACACCAUAUACACUCGACCGAAGUGAUACUUACAUUGGGGCAUUCAAGAAGUGUGGAACAUUUCCUGAAAAGAGCUAUUAAAAAAAGACAAUCGUUGACGAUUAUAAUAGCCGAGUGUGCACCAGCUUGUAGGGGCCACAAUCUUGCCGCCAGUUUGGCUAGCAAUAGUGUGGAAAUCAUUGUCAUACCAGAUUCUGCAAUUUUCGCCAUGAUGUCUCGCGUGAAUAAGGUCAUUAUAGGCACCCAUAGCGUUCUGGCGAAUGGUGGUUUGCGCGCUGCCUGUGGCGCCUAUACCGUGGCAUUAGCAGCUAAACAUUAUUCGGUGCCGGUUAUUGUUUUGGCGCCCAUGUACAAACUGGCCCCCGUUCAUUUGUGUUCCUACGAGCAGGACGCUUUCAAUUCUUUGGGUUGUGCCGAAGGUGUAUUGCCAUAUGAUUCAUCGUCUGCGCGUUGUGCCAAAAUCUAUAGCCCCAUAUUUGACUAUGUACCCCCAGAAUUGGUGACUUUGUUUAUAUCGAAUACUGGUGGCCAUGCACCUUCCUAUGUUUAUCGUUUGCUUACUGAACUUUACCAUCCCGAGGAUUAUGAAAUCUAAUUGGCUUUAAACGGUGCUAUGGGUUUGUGUCUCUAUGCAUACGCUACAUUUUUACAUGUCAAACAAAUAAAAUCUUCAAUUAAAGGGCAACGGGUUCUUGCGCUUUAUAACACAAAAUAGUAGUCGACCAUGAACACAAUCUAAGGUUGUUAACUUUUAAUUUCAAUAUCAUUAUGUUGUCAACACUGCCCCUAACUAUACACUGAUACAAAAUUACUUCCAGUUCCACUACAGGUGCUUCAACCCAAAACAACUCUAAGCCACAAACACCCAACGGUGGGUUGGGUAAUGGUGUUGGUGUUGGUGGUGCAGGUGCUGCUGCCUCGCCCACCUCAAAUGGUGUGAACACUUCGUUUUCUGAGGAAUUUCGUGAG